AUUACAGAACAUACAUGUAAAUGAAUUAUAGGGAAGCACUUUUGCAGCAAUUUGGAAAUAAUUUGGUGAACCCUGAAUAAAAAGGUUAAGGGGCCUUUUCAAAAGUCUAUAAAUGUCAAAAUGCUUUUGGAGAGUAUGUGGCCAUUAAAGUUUUAGAAUUGUUAAAUUUAGGUUGUUAAUUUAGCUGAAGCAAAGCCAUUUGUUAUUCCUUAUUUAAAGAAUGAGGUUGAAUUAUUAAAAAUGAGUGACAAUGAAAAUGUUAUCAAAUUGUUCGAAGCUUAAGAGACAUAAUUUAUGUUAUUUUUAGUUUUGGAAGUUAAUUUUAAUAUUUAUACACUAGUAUUGCGAAUGUGAUGUCAAGAGCAUGAUGAAAAGAUAUUUUAAUAAUAAGUUACCAGAGGAUCUUGUAAUUGUUAUUCUUAAACAAUUAGUGAAUGGAUUACAUUAUUUACACAAAAAUAAUAUUAUUCACAGAGAUUUAAAAUUAGAUAACAUAGGAGUCGUUAUUACACCAGAGGAUUUAUGUAAAUUGACUACAUCAAAAUAAAAUUUGAAUGUUGAAAUUUUAAAAAAUGCAUCAUACAAAUUACUUGAUUUAGGGUUAGCAAAACAGUUUAUCAAUUAAACAAAGACGGUAACUUUUGCAGGAACCGAGAUUAACAUGGGUAUAUAUCUCAUUUAAUUCGUCUUUAGCUCCUGAAGUCUUGGAAAGGAAACCUUAUUCAUUUGAAGCCGAUAUUUAUAGUUUGGGAGUUUGUUUAUAUUAGAUGGUUACUGGAGAGUAUCCUUAUUAUGAUAACCUAUAUUAGAAAAAAUAAUUUGAAUUAAUUAAAGAAGAAAAUGCAAACUUUGAAAUUAUCCAAAACAAAGAACUUAGAAAUCUCAUUUAAUAAAUGCUAAAAUACAAUGUUUCUGAAAGAUUAACAUUUUCUCAGUUAUAUUAAUCUUCAUAUAUUUUCAAUUCUUAAGAAGUGAUUCCAUCACUUCUAGAAAGAUCACUUAUUAAAAAUUAAAAAUUUUAUGAUUUGAAUUAUUAAAACGAUAGUAGUUAACUUAUGUAAAAAUAUUCUCAAGUCAAAAUAUAAUAGAACGAAUAAUUUGAUAAAUUUCAAAUACUAGAAGUAAAAGACAAUUCCUCGCAGAAUAUAAUUAUUGAAAAACUGAAAAAACUUCAAAUAUCCGAUUCUACAAUGAAUAAUUAAGGAAAUAUUUUGAAUUAGUAAUUUGAGGUGAAAAGUUCUUAAUUGAGAUCUUAAAUUAGAAAACCAAAAUCAUAAAUUUCAAUAAAUUUUCAAAAAUGGAAUCAACAUAAGAAUAUAUGUAAGUUGCUUCAAAAUAUUUGUGAAGAUUUGCUAACUUUGAUUAAAACAAUUCCAAAAGUUUUAAAAUAUUUGUCAUUUGAAGGUGAAUUUGAAACCUAUUUAUAAUAUUUCUCCCAGUUUGGUGAAAAUAUGAUAACUUAAUUAAAGAGGGAGAUUAAUUCUUUAGAGGAUCAUUCUAGCCAACUUGAAUAAUAAAAUCUCAAUAAAUCGUUAGAAUAAAUUGAAUUCUCCAAUAUUUAUCAACAAUAAAGUUUAACAUUCAGUAAAAGUUUAUACAGAAUGAGAAAAUAUUUGAAAUAAAUUGACUCAAUUUAGGAUAUGAAAGAAUUAAUUAGCUUUGAUAUAACUAAUGAAGCUUUUUAAAGAAAUAAUUCAAUAAUCUAUAACCAAAUCAUCGGAUUAUUACAAAGUAUUUAUUACGAAGAAAAGAGAAUGGAUAAAGAUGAAUACAAAUUGUUAAACAAUUUUAAUUGCACACUAUAUGUACUAUUGAUUAAAUUGGCAUUAUUGCAAGCGGCUUUAAAUAAUAAAUGUUAACUCUAAGAAGAUCAUAUCAUUAAUUGUAUCCCUUAGAAUUUUGAAGAGAAUCCUGAUCACUUAUUAGAUUACCUCGAUUAAAUCAGGGAUCAAUAUCAAAUUUAAUAUUAUAAUAAUAAAUGA